UGCCCGUGCUAAGUGAAGUCUACUUUAUUUUGCUUUUCUUUUUUAUAAUGGAAACUUUAUUUUGCUUGCUUGCUUGGAAAAUAGAAAUAGAAAUGGACGAAGCAUCUUCUGAAGAUUCUGUUGUGGUCAGGUCAGCGCUUGUGUGUGGUGUGGGUACCUAUCCCUUCCCUUUGCGAGCAUUACAGUAGUGGAGAUCUAAGAUCUGUCAGGGGCAACACAAUGGAUCGGCAGCACGUAACUAGGUUGGGUUCUUGCACCAUCAGAAACAGGGCAGAGCAUGAAAGGAGAGCUUCAUUUGCUCUUUAUAGAUGGCAGUCUAGUUUCACUCAUUAAUUUUCUGCUUUCUGCAGGACGGUUGACUUGGAUCUUUGUAGAAACGAACCGAUGCGCAUGUUUUGUAAGUGAUCCCAGACCGGCUGAGGUCAAAUCCAAAUCCAAAAAUGUAGAUCGCUGGACAAGGGAAUCGAUAUGAUCGAGAUGGAUGCACCGCCACCACCUUGACUUGUUUAUCACCCACCCCUCUCUUUUUCAUGGCCACACCUUGCAAAUUAAACCAUCCUUAUCCUCUCGUCUUCCUUUUUUCACUCGCACAUACAAGUAUAACUUCAUCCGAUUUGGCGAUCUAUACAUUCGUAUACAUAGGGCGCCUCCUAAAAUUCUGCUUACAAAAGUAGAGUUUUUGGACAGCUGAAACUGAAGCUCCACAUGACAUGAUCAGCCGAUGCUCGCUUUUAAAAAGAUUACCUUUUUCUCUAGCUGCAUCACUGUCGCCACCUUCUAAUUCAAGUCUAGAUCUUGAUCUCACUAAUACUAGUAGUACCCAACAGCAUAUAUAGAGUACCAAAUUUUUCUAAGCAAGUUUCAGUUCAACCAUUUGUUUACUUCCAAGGCCACUCUGAUGCCUGAUCGAUAGUCUUCUACAUUGAUUUCCUCCAAACAUUUUCUCCUUUUUCUUUUUAUGGGAGCUCGAGCCUGGGACUUUAACAAAUGCCCAAAUGUGUCGAGCAUUUUACCUUCAUUCUGACUGCAGCGUGUCCUGCUAGCUAGUGCUAAUGUGCUAUAGCUCGGAGCUGAGCAGUUGCAACUUGCAAGUAUAAAUCAUUGCAACUAGUUGCCUCUUGCCUUCUUCCUCUUCUUUUUUCCUCGUCGUGGUGGUGCUGCUGCCUCUUGCUUCCAUUGAUACCUUCCUUGUAUUAACAGCAGCAUAUAUAUAAAGAGAGAGAGAGAGAGAGAUCAUGCCCAUGGCUCUCGAGUCAUGGCUCACCAAGGUCCGCUCGGCAAUGUCCUCGAGGGCGCCGCCGAGCCCCAAGAAGACCAGCGUCGCCAUCCUCGCCUUCGAGGUCGCCAGCCUCAUGUCCAAGAUCCUCCACAUGUGGCGCGCCAUCGGGGACGCCGCCGUCGCUCGCCUCCGCCACGAGACCAUCAACCUCGACGGCGUCCGCAAGAUCGUCUCCGACGACGACGACUUCCUCCUCGGCCUCGCCUGCGCCGAGCUCGUCGACGCGCUCCGCGCCGCCUCCGACUCUGUCGCCGCUCUCGCCGCGCGCUGCGCCGACCCCUGCCUCAGUGACUUCAGGGACGCAUUUUUGGAGUUCGCCGACACCGGCCGCGACCGGCACCUGUGGGCGGCGGCCAGCUGGAAGGAGAUGGACACGAGGGCGCACAAGAUGUACAAGCAGGUGGCCAGCACCGCCGCGCUCCGCAAAGCCAUGGAGCAGCUGGCAGAGGCCGAGCACGGCCUCCGGAAGCUCCUCCAGUGCGGCAACGGAGGCGGAUGCCAUCGCCGCAGCCUCUCAGCGAGCAAGAUCUCGGUUGCGGCCGAGCAGCAGCAGCUAAUAUUCUCCAAGAAGCAGGAGGUGAAGCACCUCAAGCAGACGUCCCUCUGGGGCUGCACCUUCGACGCCGUCGUCGCAUCGUUGGCGCCGGCGGCAUUCACCACCCUCGCGCGCAUCAAGCUCGUCUUCGGCGCCGGCCAGGAACAGCGGCACCCACCGCUGUACCGCAGCCUGACACUCUCCUCGGCAGUCCACCCGUCCGUCGACGCGCAGUCCCCACCGCCGCUGGCACGGAAGUCCAUGUCAAUGGAGGAGCUGCUGUUCGACCAAAGCUUUGCUUCGAAACGGGGCGGUUUCUUCGAGGACAGCUCGUCAGCGCUGACACCCCCGCCGGGGACGCUGGGCGCGGCCGCACUGGCGCCGCGGUACGCCGGGCUGGUGAUCUCGAUCGAGCGGAUGGCGCGGUCGCCGCGCCUGGUGGGGCCGGACGAGCGGGACGAGCUGUACGGCAUGCUCACCGCGAGCGUGCGCGGGCAGCUCCGCGCGCGCCUGCGCGGCGCGGUGCCCACCGCCGACCCGGGGCUGGCCGGCCAGUGGCGCGCCGCGCUGGCUGGGAUCCUGGAGUGGCUGGCGCCGAUGGCGCACGCGACGAUGCGGUGGCAGGCGGAGCGCAGCUUCGAGGAGAGGAAUGCGGCCGCGGACGCAACAGCGAGGUUCGGCGGGGGGAACGUGCUGCUGCUGCUGCAGACGCUGCACUUUGCGGACCGCGAGAAGGUGGAGGCCGCGGUGGCCGAGCUCCUCGUCGGGCUGAAUUACGUGUGGCGGUUUGAGAAGGAGAUGAGCUGCCGUGCGCUCUUCGCCGUCCACCGCCAGCUCGAGGAGACCGCCGGCACCUGCCGAGGCAACGCCAAUGGAACAGUAAGCUCGUGCCGUAGACCGGCCGAUCAGAAAUCAACGGUGCCAAGGGCUAGAUGUUGAUCUAUCGAGCAACAGAUUUGGGCUGCACUGUUUCCAGUUCUUUGUUUGUUUUUGCUAGUUAAUAUCUUCAUGGAUUUUUGUGGCAAUUGGAGCCGGAUGGAAUCUUUGAUGUACAAAUUAAAGAAAGAAAAUUAUCUCUCUCUUGCGAAUAUAGUGCAGUGCCUUUAUUCUCCAUGAUGAUGUCUAGGUAGCACCGAUAUAGAUAUGUGUAUCGAUAUUGAACUGAUACAGAUAUGAGGAUACGCUAUUUUUC